UUGAGAGCUAUGGUGAAUCGGAAAGAGAAAAUAUAAAUAAUAUUAAGCGUUAAAAGUAAUAAAUAAAGUUGAAAGUGAGUGCGGACAUAAGAGCAAUUGGAAAGCUAAAUAAAGUAUAAAUCAUUUCCGCUAAAUCCAAGAAGAAGUUAAUUGUUUUGUGUAGUAUCCCGCGUUAUUUAUCUAUUUAAUUCAAAUCGUUAGAAUUAGCAACAUAAAAGUCUGUGUUUGUGACUGGAUAUUUGUUUGAGUGGAUGCAAGUUAAUUGCAGUAAAUGCGAAAUUUUUCAAAUCUUGCCGCCAAUUUCCAACAGUACAUCGUCGCCGACUUCAAAUAAAUUCUACGGCCUUUUGGGGAAUGAAGCAAUCAUUGCUAAAGCGGAUUCAAACCAUCGUUGAGACCGAAUAACGAUAUUGCAAAUGUUAACAAUGAUUGUGCAAAAAUUUAUGAACAUCAACGGAAAACUUCCAUCGAUAGUUAAAUAAACUGCUUAAUGCAUUACGCGGAAACCCACUGCACGCCGACUCCACGUAAAAUUCAAAUUAACAUUAGCAAUUCAAAGUGGAAUUCUGUUUAAAAAUUCAACAGACAAAAACUUCAAAAGUCCCCACAUCUGUCGGCCUUGUGAUCUAUAUAAUUUCGCACACAAUUCUCACCUGUUUUCGUCAAAAGUUUAUGUAAGUCAGCUGUAAGUGCAAAGUGGAGAAAGCUACGAUACCCCAUUGCAUUUCACCACUACAUUGAGCGCCAAGAUAUCCAACUAUAUGGUCUUGCUGACAAAAGUUUUAUCCGAGACGUGAACCCAAUCAAGUGAAUUUCGUGCGUGCAUUGUUAACUGAAACUAUUUUUGUUGAUACCGUGUUUAUCGUUGACUUUCAACUGCAGUUGAAUGUCAAUUGUUGGAAGAAAAAGAAUAAACAGUAAUUUGAAGAAAGUGUUGCACUUUUGAGAAUUUUAUCCAGUACGGAAAACUUUAAGAGUUUGUGAUAGAAACAGUUUUACGGAAUAAGAUUUGGAUUAUUUUUGGAAUAAAAGUAUUUAAACAACAAAAUGAGCGGAAGAGACAGAUCCGGCGGCGGGCAGCUGACCAGCGCAAUGGGCAAAAUCAAGGAUAAAAUUAUGCGAACGGUUUCGGAUAAGGAUGAUACCCAACACCCAGAAGCGCACGGCUACCAGAGGGUUCAGGCCGGUGAGGGAACCCUCUCAACGUCGACAACAGCUACUAGUUUGGAUACGAUAGUCAUCGAUGAUAAUCAUAGUGAAUUCCCUGCUAUACCACCACCACCAUUCAGCAGUCAUCCACUAAAACCAGAGCUCACGUUUGAUCCAAUCCUAGAAACAGAAGAUGCUGUACCAACUACUCCUACCAAUUGGCCAAAGCAAACGCCCAGUCAGGAACAUUUGAAAACAUCGAAACAAUCACUCAAAGGAUCAAAAGUAUCUUUUGCUUCAACACAUGAUAGUAGUGAUGAGGAUAGCUUUGAGGAUAAACGAGAGAAAUUCCAACAAGGCAAAACAGUCAGCGUAGAUCGCAGAGGAAUUUUGAAGGACCUUAAAACAAUCCUAGCUAACGAGAACAGAAAGGCAUUUCAGUCUAAAAAACACGUCUCACUGGACAUCAAAUCUACACCAUUUUUGGAUAAUAUACUCAAAGGCUCCUCCUCAGAUGAAGAGUUCCGUCAGAACCGUAAAGAAUUUCAGGGACGAAAACAUCAAAGUUUAGAUCCCCGUGUUAGCUUUAAAUUAGAUAAAAACCUAACUCCGUCGUCAAGUAGUGAUGACGAUGGUGAUGUCGAGAAGAAGAGUUUAAUCCAUGUUCAAUAUGAUGCAGACAUCACAAAGCCAGUUGUGAUUGAUUUUCGAGAUCUCGAAAGUGACGAAGAAGAAGAUUUAAUAUCGACGCGUACAAGUUUUCAAAAUCAACGUUCUAUCAGUAUUGAAUCGAGGAAAAGUCACAGAUUCUUCGAAAUGGAUGACAUGGGCGGUAAAAAAAAUGAAAACCUUAGAAAUUCAGUUCCUUACGUUCGGCAGAUCACAGAAGAUGGUAAACCCAAAUUGGAAAUAUAUAGGCCCACCACAAAUCCCAUCUACAUUUAUACUCAGGUGCUCGCUGCACUAUCAGUAUCACUAGGUUCUAUGGUUGUUGGCUUCUCAUCAGCGUAUACUUCGCCAGCUUUAGUGUCGAUGCAAGAUAGAAAUAUAACGUCAUUCGACAUAACGGAACAAGAGGCUUCAUGGGUUGGUGGAUUGAUGCCACUUGCUGGCCUCGCUGGAGGCAUUGUUGGUGGACCACUUAUUGAAUAUUUGGGCAGAAAAAAUACAAUCCUUGCAACGGCUGUGCCUUUCAUUAUAUCAUGGUUGCUGAUUGCUGCAGCAAGCAACGUAUCAAUGGUGUUGUCAGGACGGGCUUUGUCAGGAUUCUGUGUCGGCGUAGCUUCAUUAUCAUUACCUGUGUAUCUCGGCGAAACAGUGCAGCCUGAAGUUCGAGGAACUCUUGGCCUUCUUCCCACUGCGUUUGGUAAUAUUGGCAUCCUUCUAUGCUUCGUGGCUGGCAAGUACAUGGAUUGGUCCCUUCUUGCAUACCUUGGGGGCAUUCUCCCUGUACCAUUCUUGCUGCUGAUGCUCCUUAUUCCUGAGACUCCGCGCUGGUAUGUCUCUCGUGGGCGGGAGGAACGUGCCAGAAAGGCGUUAGUAUGGCUACGCGGUAAAGAAGCUGAUGUUGAACCAGAGUUGAAGGGCAUUAUCCGAUCCCACUCUGAUGCGGAGAGGCACGCAACGAAAAAUACCAUGUUUGAGCUGUUGAAAAGAUCAAACUUGAAACCUUUAGCAAUUUCUCUGGGUUUGAUGUUCUUCCAACAACUCAGCGGUAUCAAUGCUGUUAUUUUUUACACUGUGUCGAUCUUCAAGGAUGCCGGUUCAACCAUCGAUGAGAAUCUCUGCACGAUCAUUGUUGGCAUUGUAAAUUUCAUCGCAACCUUCAUUGCAACUAUGUUGAUUGAUCGAUUAGGAAGGAAGAUUCUUCUAUACAUUUCGGAUGUUGCUAUGUUCAUUACCCUCUUUACUCUCGGUGGAUUUUUCUAUGCUAAGAACCACGGCUCUGACGUUAGUACACUCGGCUGGUUACCACUUAGUUGCUUCGUGAUCUUCGUCAUCGGAUUCUCAUUAGGAUUUGGUCCCAUUCCAUGGUUAAUGAUGGGUGAAAUCCUUCCAGGCAAAAUUCGAGGCUCGGCUGCUAGCGUUGCGACUGCUUUUAAUUGGAUGUGCACAUUCAUUGUCACGAAAACAUUCAGCGAUCUCAAUGCUUCAAUUGGCACACACGGGUCCUUCUGGAUGUUUGGCAGCAUUUGCUUAAUUGGUUUAUUCUUUGUGAUAUUCUAUGUUCCUGAGACUCAAGGUAAAACGCUAGAGGAUAUCGAGCGUAAGAUGAUGGGUCGCGUACGACGCAUGUCAUCGGUGGCGAACAUCAAACCGCUGUCGUUUAAUAUGUAAAAAUCAUACUUAGAACGCUUAUUUUACAAUUUCCCGCCGUUUUGAGGACAUCACUUAACAACGUAAAUACAGGGAACACGCAAACCAAAAAACUAAAAUGCACUUUGAUAAAGUUACUUAUAAUUGGAGUGUGUGAUUGAACGAGUCUCAGCCUAAGUGGGGAGCAGUCAGACCCCAAUAUAUAGGUGCUGCCAAAUUCUAGUGGCUAGGAUCGAAAUACUUUGCUACAGUUGAAGCGAGUCUCUAUUUCGUAGGAGAACAUUAAAUUAAAUAUACAUUUUAGAUAAAAAUGAAUGUGAUAUAGUAUGUGAACUCUAAAGGUUAGAAACUAAAUCCUUAAUUAGAUAUGAUUUGAGUUUUCUUCAAACAUAAAUAAUUUUAUACAAAGAAAAACUUAGAAUAUAUAUAAUAAAAUAAUAUGUUGACAUUGAUUGUUAAGAGGAUAAUAUACAUGAUUUCUUAAAAUAUCUAUAGUCUUAUUACUAGAUUUACAAUAUAGACAUCAGCUACUUAGCUUGCAAAUUAUUCAAAGUAUUCGUGUCCUUUCGCUUAAUUUUCCACUCACAUGAAUUAGUCACUUUAGAAUCUCUUUGAAAAAUGUAAUAAAUAGGAUGCAUAGAGCGCUCGAUCUUGAAGAAGUAGAAAGGACGCAGAAAGUCCUAAAAAUUUGGUUUGAAUCACCAAAAACUGAUUUCCAUCCACGUGGAUCAGAGCAAUUGUGGAAAAUUUCAAAUACGAAGUGAAACAUUCCUUAAAAUCAAUAGGAACAUUAACAGACGUUCCUUCGAAAGGAAGGACACAUCCAACGCUGUUUGUAUUUAGACUGCUUUAUAUUAGUGAUGAUAUGCAUAUUUAACUUAAAAAUUAGAAUAGAAUCAAGCUCCAAAAAAUUGUUCUUCAUGGUUUUCCCUCUAGCAAUUGUGAUCAAAUGAAGCAAAGGAGAGAAAAUCAAGUUUGAAUUUUGCCUCACUCCGAAAACAUAGUAUCUCUGAUAUUUGGUAGGACUUCGCCGAUGUUACAGUCCUGCUUUAGCAUUAACGACUUGCCCAUUAUUAUAUCCAAACUUCAGUAUUUGAAAAACAGUAAGAGAUUGAUUGAGUUUACUUGGAGACGUGAAGAACAACGAUACAUUAGUUUUUUUAAGUUUCUAAGAUUUGAGAGUUUUACAACAGGAAGAUGAAAUUAGACAAUUGUAACUUGUUUUGAUUUUUAAUCACCUUCUUCACCGCAAGGAGGGAUAAUAUGGCUAAAAACUUAUUUUAUGGAUUAUAUUCGAUUGUAUCUAAUUUAUAUAAACAAUACAAAGACCGAAACAAGUAAAUGGUGAUGAUUGAAAUCAAGAGAGAAUGAAUUAGUCGAAAAAAUAUCUAACUUUAUUCAGUUUUAAGCAAAAUUGUUGUUUUUUAUUUCUAGAUAUAAAUGUAAAUCAUGUAUUGUUAGUCAAUGCAAACGCUAAUAAUAAACAAAAAUAUGAACAUGGACUUU